AUGCUCGGGGCCGCUAGAAGGCUUGACAGGUGGGUGUCCACCCUCAACUCACUUAUUCACUCACUCACUCACUCACUUGCCACAAGAGUAUUAUUAUUAUUCUCUCUCUUGACUUGCCUGUCUGUCCCUUUCUCUUUUUCCAACUCUCUCUCUCCUACUCUCUUUUCUCUUCCUCUUCCUCUCUCCCCUCUCUCUGUCACACACACACUCUCUCUCUCUCCACUCACCCUUACACUAUCUAUCUAUCUAUCCAUCUACUACUUACUCUUACCCUCCCUCCCCCUUUCAGUCUGCAGCUCCAAAUCUCAAGACAUAACAACAUCCAUCCGUCGACUCCCGCCCACACCCGCCGCACCCACUUUCUCUCCUCCUCCAACAGAGGUACUACCAAGAACCAGAAAAAACCAAUUCAAUUCCACUUUCACUAUUUAUCCACCUCCACCCACGGACAGUAGACGGCAACCCGGCAAACUUUCAAUCAUUCAAUCAAUUAAUCGUUAUUAUUGCUUGACCGUUUUACCACCCCGCCAGCCUAUUUCCCAUCGGCUCCAUUCAGAUCUCUCCUUUUCCCCUGUUCCGUUCCAGAGCUGA